AUGAGUCAGGAUUAUAGGAAAAAUUAUGUUUCUUUAUAUGGUAACUCUGAUGAUGAGGAGGAGGAUGGGGUAGAUGAUCAUAUUCAUGGUAAUAAACUGGAUUUAGUAGAUAAAUUAAAAUUUAAUAUCAAUACAGAUACAGAUACAGAUACUAAUACUAAUACUAAUAAUAAUAGUGUUAAAGAUAUCCAUGAUAAAGAUAAAAAUAGAAAUAAGAAUAAGGAUAAAUCUAUCUUAUCAAUGAAUAAUAAUAAUAAUAAUAAUAAUAAUAAUAAUAAUGACUUUACUUCAAAUAUUUUAUUAGAACAAUUAGCAUACGUCGAUAAUUUCUUACCAAACGUUAAUCAUGAUUUUAUGAAUUUAAAUAGUUGGAUACUAAAUGAAAAUAAUCAAAGAAAUACUCAUAUAAAGUUUGAUAAUAAUGGUAAUAGUAAUAAUGAUAUAUCUGAUAAUUUUAAUACUAAUAAUACUUCCUCACCAUCCUCUAUCUUUAUUAAUAACCCAUUUAUGUUGGAUGAACAGUUGGCUGCUGAAUUAAGUGCUUUUGCCGAUGAUGUCUUUAUAUUUCCUGAUGAAGAUAAACCAAAAUUAAAUAACAAUAAUAAUAAUAACGGUGAUAGUGAUGAUGAUAAGAUUAAUAAUAUUAAUAGUGCUAAUAUAAAUGAAAAUAUUCAAAAUAACAUUAAUAGUAAUAGUAGUAGUAGUAGUAAGAAUUAUAAUAAUAAUAAUAAUAAUAAUAAUAAUAAUAAUAAUAAUAAUAAUAAUAAUAAUAAUAAUAAAAAUUCUCAUUAUUUAUCACAGAGAAGAAAUACGUUUCUAACUUCACAGUAUGAUUAUUCUAAAUCAAGGUGCUCUUCGAAAAAGGAUAAUAAGUUAAUAUCAAAUAAUAGUAAUAAUAGUAGUAGUAAUAAUAACAGUAAUAAUAACAAUACAGACAUUGAAGUAUCUACAUUUUCUCCAGAAGUUACUUCUACUACAGUUAAUCAGCAUACCGAUAAUAAUGCUAAUAUAACAAAUACUCAGCAUAUUGCAAGUACUAGUAACCUUACAAAUCAAAUUUCUUCAACCUCUGUACCUUUAUCAAUAACAGAAAAAAAAAAAGAAACAGAAAUAGAAAUAGAAAUAGAAACAACAACAACAAUAAAUGAUAAUAAUAAUAAUAAUAAUAAUAAUAAUAAUAAUAAUAAUAAUAAUAAUAAUAAUAAUAAUAAUAAUAAUACAAUUUCACAAAUUCAAGUGCCUGACUAUUCUAAAAUGUCUACUGAAUUUUUGGUCACAUUAUUGCCUCGUGUAACAAUACCACAAUCUGUGAAUGAUUUAUUAAUUAAAUCUGGACUUACUAAUGAUCAAAUUAUCUCUUUAUCUGCAAUUAUGGCGUAUCAUCAACAACAUUUUAACAACAGUAAUAGAUUUCCAGUUAAAAAUUAUGAUAGGACAAAACUGCUAAAUAAAAUAAAUCAAUUGCAUGAUACAAAUCCAAUUAAAUCAUGCUCUAUUAUACUGUUACAUUUGGCAGACAGCAUCAAAUCACAAAAUAAUAAACAUGUAUCCAAUUUGAAAGAUGCUCGUAGUCAUUCCAGUAAAGAUGAAAUUAUGUCAUUAAUCGAAGCAAGUAAUAAGGAGGUUAAUGAACUAAAAGCUAAAUUGGACAAAAAAAUUAUCAAGACUCAGAAGCUAAAACAGGAAAUGAAUAAUUUAACAGAAAAAAAUGUUGUGGAUCAUUCUAUCGAUAGUAAUUAUCUUCCUAACAAUAACGUAUAUAUUCCAGAUUUUAAACCAUUAUUCCAUAAUCUUGAUCAUAAUAGAACCACUCAAACUGAUGUCCUCACUACCAGCAAAUCACAGAAUAAUAAGAAAAGAUCAUCACCUCAGCUAGGUAUUGCUCAUAAUGAGAGCGAUGACAAUAAAUUAUCUCAAAUAGAUUCUAACAAAAAGCAAAAAAAGCAAAAAGAAUUGGAGAAUACCAUUCAGCAAUUGGGUAAUUUAGCAAAUUCACUACAAAGUAGAAUCCAAUCAUUAGAAUCAGAGAACGAGCUGCUAAAAGAAUUUUUAAUAAGUUUCACUGGUGAGAUUGGUGGCGCUGAAAAGAUGGAGUCAAUUAAACAAAAACUCCUGAAAAAAAUUCAAAAGGAUUAA